AAAAAUUUGACACACGUGACGUCACCUGUCACACUGAUGACGUCACCUGUCAGCCUGCGCAGCUGAGAGAUAAUGACCACCACCAUUUCCAUCUCCCACCCACGCAACACCCAGUGCAUGACUAAUAAAGCCCAAUGUAAGUUAUGGAUAUCGUAAUGGCAUCAGUGGUCGGUUGACUCUGUCAUCAGAGCCUUCAAUCGUCCCGUAUUUUUUUUAUCUCGAUGAGAUCCAAUCCAUCGGACCCGUUAAUUAAUAAAUAACCAGCGAGUCCAUCUGCUUCUUCAACAAAUGAGUUCGAACUAUCAGCGACCAACUGCGAGUAAUUAUCAAGUUUUCGACGAGGACUCAUACUCUAAUUAUGGAGCCGAGGGGUACGGUAGCACCAGUCCUAAGUAUGGAUCUAUGUUGUCUUGCGAUUCUCCAGAGACUCGAUUGAGGAUGGCACCGAGAGAAGAUUCAACUUCGCCAAAUGAUUUGAGUCAGAGGAAUCAGAGAUUCGAGGGCGAUGAUCUCACAGAGAGUGCAGCCUUUGACAGGCAGACAGCCCUCAUGGAUGCAGAUAUGCACUGGGAGAUGAAUUACCAUGAAGCUGCCAUUUUCCUGGAAGAAGGAAGAAACAAUGAGAAGUUCGACUCUCAUCCGAGACAUCCGGAGGAUCUUCCAGCCUAUCUUCUGGUUCACAAUAGUUGGUACUACGGUCUUGAUCUUCUCACUUCAUUAAUUCUCCUGGCUUUAGCCUUUGUCGAAGAACCAGCUGUCCCUCUGUUCCAGUUACCAGUCUGGGCCCAUGGAUCCAUCGAGCUUCUGGCGUUAUUAACAAUUGGAGUGGAGUUGGCAUUAAAACUUCGUUGGAUUGGUUGGGGCACAAUUCUCAAACACAAGAGGACAAUGUUAAAGUGCAUCACCCUGGGAAUAAUGUUCUUGGAGGCAACGACAGUUCUAAUUCGUCAGUCCUCUCACGUGCGAGUGACGCGUGCCCUGCGUCCAAUUUUCCUGGUGGACACGAAAUACUGCGGGGGUGUCCGACGAUUUAUCCGUCAAAUUCUACAGACAUUGCCACCUAUCCUCGACAUGCUGGGGCUGCUUCUCUUCUUCAUUACCACUUACAUGGUACUCGGGUACUUCAUGUUCUCCGAGGGCAACAGGAACUUUGGCACACUGCAGGACAGUUUCGUCAGCCUUUUUGUACUUUUAACAACAGCCAAUUUUCCCGAUGUAAUGAUGCCGUCGUACUCCCGCAGCAAGUGGUACGCUAUAUAUUUCGUAACAUAUCUCUGCACAAUGCUGUACGUGAUGAUGAAUCUGAUGCUUGCGGUGGUGAACGAGACAUUCACAUCAGCUGAACGUGACAAAUUCAAGAAACUCUUCCUCCACAAGAGGAGGGCUUGUCAACAUGCCUUCAAACUGCUGGUAUCCAAACAGAAUCCAGACAAAAUGCGAUUCCGUCAGUUUGAGGGGCUUAUGAGGUACUACGCACCCCAGAAGAGCACUCUUGAUGUCAUCCUCAUGUUUCGGCAUAUGAAUGCAUCAGGCAGUGGUGCACUGAGCUGCGAGGAAUUUUUAUCGGUUUAUGAUGUCACGACACUUCAGUGGGAGCCACAAUUCACGGGAAUCCCCUGGUAUCAUACAGCAUGGCCUCCACUGCAGAUGCUCUGCACAGGAGCUAAUGCUGCAAUCAUGUGGCCCUAUUUUGAGAGUCUCGUCUAUGCCACUAUUGUUGCUAAUGGAGUGGCGAUGUUUAUCAGAUUAUUCCAAUCGAAUGCUGAUUUGAUAGAAUCCGCGCACAGAUUUGCCGCCUGCUGGGAUACACUUUUAUUUGGUGCAUUUUUCGUUACUGAGGCUUUGAUAAAAGUCCUGGGAUUGGGUAUGCGGAGGUAUUUGAGCUCUGGAUGGAAUCUCUUCGACCUGGGGGCCUCCAUCAUGUCCCUAGUCGCUUCGUGUGCUCUGACCCUCUUCCCCGGGGCAACAGUCCUGGUGAUCUUCCGACCACUUCGUCUUCUCCGAUUAUUCAAAAUGAAAAAGAGAUACAGAGAUGUCUUCGGAACUCUCGUUAUUUUAUCACCGUUGAUGUGCUCCACUGCCAUCGUCAUGCUCAUUCUGUAUUAUUUCUUUGCCAUCAUUGGAAUGGAAAUGUUUGCUGGCUAUGACAUGAGAAAUUGCUGUGUGAACACAACAGUCGAAGAUUUCUACAAAUACUCAGCAAACGGAAGUACAGCCCUAGGGUAUUAUUACUUGAAUACCUUCGACAAUCUCAUGGCAAGUAGCAUGACACUCUUCGAAUUGACAGUUGUCAACAACUGGUUCAUCCUGAUGAAUGCUUACGCAGUCACUGCUGGUCAUUACACAAGAGUUUAUUUCAUGAUUUUUUACCUCGUGACCAUGAUUGUUCUCACGAUUGUUGUGUCGAGUUUCCUGGAGGCUUUCAGGUUCCGAAUUCAGUACAAAAGAUCGACAUCGAAACGAGACGAGGAAAAAAUGCUGCACGAAGAGGUUGAACUAAGAUGGGAUGAGCUCCAGUCGAUUGUUCAAGAUUUUCAGUUGCUGGAGCAGCUCAGAGGAUUGCUCGUAGUGGGGAGCACGACAACGUACAUUGGCUCACGGCCAAGAACCCGGGAAGUUCUUCAGAGAAGAAUGUACACCAAUGAGAUAUUCGAGUGGCUGGCAGAGGCAAAACUUGAAGAGAAAGACGUGAGGUGCCACGUGGGGAACAGUUUCGAUGAAAUUGGAAUAGAAGACGGUGAGAUAGACCCUGAACAGGUUGUUCUCAGUCGAGAAAGGGCACUUCAUCAUCGCAAUGGAGUCACAACGAGUCCCAUGUAAUGAAAAAUCACUGGAGAUCACGUGGAAAUCACUGAUUCCACCAUUUUACAUUCAAUUCUUAUUUCUCGACUCGUUCACCCAUUUAACAUGUCACCUUUCAAUCCUCAAUCUUUCUACGGAUGAAAAGAGCUCAUUAAAGAAUCAUAAGGUUUUUUUUAAAAACUUACGAUUUUUUGAUGAAAUUAUUUCGCAUGUGUCAUCCUUUUUUAUUCAAGAACAACAAUAACAAAGUGAACAACCUUCAAGUGCAAUUCGAACGUUGAGGGGUAGAGAGAUUAUUUAUCAGCUAGUCCUAAUUAUUGUGUUAUAAUUUAUUUUGUUGAGGGGUUUGUGAGUAACUCAUGCUUCAAUGCACGACGCAUUCCCUUUUUUAUUUUGUGUCGAUUACGAUGUGAUGGAAAUCAAAAAAGAAAACGUCUUGAUAGAAGAAAAAGUGAAAAUAGUUCGAUAGUCUUGGAGAAUUUUAGAUUAAAACAAUCUGGAAUAUACUUCGCACGAGACGAAUUAAUAGAAAAACUCUUUUGAUAAGAAAUUCUACGGAAAUUUUAUUUUAAAAAAUCCAUAAAUUUUUGUUUUGUAGAAAAAAUCCCCUGGAAUAAUUUUGGAAUGUCGAUAUUUAUAGAUAUUUUCCGACAAAUAUCUCUAACAAAUAGAAUUAGUUCAUAGAAUUCGAAAUGAAUUUCAAUAGAAUUUUCAGAGUUCCAGUGGAAAUUCAGUAGAAUUUCUUAGUAAAAGGGUUUUCUUGUUGAAUGGUUUCAUAAUUGAAUUAAUGACUAUUUAAUAAAUAAUUGGGUGUGAAGGCGAAUAUCAUCGUGAAUAUUAAUGAGAAAAUGGCUGUUGUGAUUAAUUUAGCUAAUCCCCAUUUUGCAUCCUCGAGACCUCAGGGUUUCUGUAAUUCGCUGGCAUUGUUUAUAAUAUAAGUACUUAUUUAUUGUGAGCAGAAUUGCCGCAUUAAUUGUUGAUUUUGUACAUAACAAAUUAAAUUUCGUCGUUCCUAAUCAUGCAGUAUUUAUCGUAGCUGUAAAUCUCCAGUAGAUUAAGUAGAAUAAUUAACUCGUACUACAUAAUUCUCAAUAGAUUAACUCAUAAUUAGCAUCUGGAUGAAAUAAACUGAUGAAGCUGAAAAUGGAGAGAAAUAGGAAAAACGUGUGGAAAAAUUUUGUAAGAUUUUCUGGACUCAUGUGAAUUCAUUUUUUAACAACAAUUGAGGAAAAUUUCAAGUAGAGAAAAUCUUGUGUCCGUUUUCGUCGUAAAAAAUCAAAUUGUAAAAUUUUAUGUGAAACUUAUGGUUUUAUAAAAAAUCUGUGUUUAAUAAAUUUUUUAUUGAAGCUUCCUUCAUCUUUUUAUCAUUUUUUAAACAAUUUUUUCCGUGCAUUUAUUGGUUUACUAGUGAUUGUAAUUGUUUUAAAUUAAGCGUCACGAUUAUUUAUAUUAAAUCCUCUAAAUACACGAAUCAUUACAACAAAAAUUUAAUUUAUACAAGAAAUUUUUUACAUUUUUAAACGUUUCUCAGAGUUUUUUUGCAAAAUUUUUCCAUACGUCUGUGAAAAAUCAUUUGUCAAGCACAAGUAAACACAUUUGUUUAAUCCAAUUUAAUAAUUCAUCGAUAACCACUAUUUUGUAUACAAAAUAAACAAAAAGAAUUGUAUAAUGAGUUGACCCAUUGAAUCAUGUAAGUAAAUAAAUCAAAACCGCCCGUAGAUCUGUAUAAAAUCGAUAACCAAACGUCCCACGUCUAGAUUGUUCGAUAACCUUACCUGAAUCUGAUGUUAAUAAUAAA